AUGUGUAUUCGAAUCAUAGGAGCUAGUAAUCGCCAAUAUGCUCAUAUCGGUGACGUUAUUGUUGCUGUAAUCAAAGAAGCAGUGCCCAAUAUGCCUCUAGAGAGAUCAGAAAUAAUCAGAGCUGUAAUUGUACGUACAUGUAAAGAACUCAAACGUGACAACGGUAUGAUAAUACGAUAUGAUGACAAUGCAGCAGUUGUCAUUGAUCAAGAAGGAAAUCCAAAAGGAACUCGAGUCUUUGGUGCGAUUGCUCGGGAGUUGAGACGGUUGAAUUUUACUAAAAUAGUUUCAUUAGCUUCUGAGAAAGCAAGCGACCGGGAUCAUUCAAGCCGACAGUAUGAACGUGCCCCCAAGGCAAAGCCCCCGCCAAAUACCCUUUAUCAAAUAAAAAUAGACACCUUGUAA